CACCACAACCCUCGAGUCUCCUCUCCCACCACCCCUUUUGAUCUCUCUCUCUCCUCAUCAUGGCUCGGUCCAAUCCCUCAGCCUCAUGGCUGUCCUCUCUGGUGGCCCUGUGUGUCAUCCUGUGUCUCUCCGUGCCCACCAACGCCCUCUACUUCUAUAUGGACGGUCGUCAAUCCAAGUGUUUCCUGGAGGAGCUGCCCAAGGACACCCUCGUCGCUGGAAAAUACUCCACCGAAGUCAUCAACACCCAAACAAACACCUACGAAGUCGACGCCGGCCUGAAAGUCCUCAUCACCGUGGACGAGAUCUUUGACAACGACCACCGUGUCGUUUCCAAGCGCGACAACCACGCCGGCCGUUUUACCUUCUCCGCCGCCGAUGCCGGCCAGCACAAGAUCUGCCUGACGCCCGAGACCAACGUCGCGGUGUGGAUGUCCGGUGCCCCGGGGGCCCUCCGCGUCACGCUCGACAUGGCUAUCGGCGAGACCAGCAAGAUCGAGACGGAGGAUAAGGGUAAGAUUCAAGAUAUUGUGCAGAAGGUUAAGGACUUGAAUGGUCGGUUGCAGGAUAUCCGCCGGGAGCAGGUGUUCCAACGGGAACGCGAGGCCGAAUUCCGUGACCAGUCCGAAGCGACCAACUCCCGUGUCGUCCGCUGGACCCUGAUGCAGCUGGCUGUCCUCUCCGCCGCCUGCGCCUGGCAGCUGUCCCACCUGCGCUCGUUCUUCAUCAAGCAGAAGUUGACGUAGGUCAAUUUGCCUUGACGUGGUAGUGUGAAGAGGGAGAGUCUACAUCUAUCUAUAUUCCGUACCUACAUUACAUGCAUACAUACCUAUCUACCUACCUACUUCCUGAACGCUCUAUUUAUUUUUGGAUGGUUAGAUGACUGUAUCUUCUUUUUCUUUUCUUUUUUUUCUUACUCUGCAAGAAACCUGUCACUGCAGAUAAUAGGAUGGUUCUUCUAUAGGUUUUAGUUUGUGUCUUUCUGCUUAUGUAGCGUUUUCGUUUCAGUCUGGUUAAUAAAGUAUUCACCACGG